GUCAGAUUCUCGUCCAGUCUUCCAACUGGUGCUCGUGUCUCAUCUCAUUUGUUUCUAUGGCUCGAACUCAAGGCGCCGUGUGUUACUGUCUCAACAUCGUUGCGUCGGCUGGCAUGUCACCCGUUGCAAGAGUCAUUCUGACCACCCUAGGUCACUGGGCUACUUGGUUGGGGGGGUAUAAAUGCUUGCUUGAAUCCUUGCUUGAAUGACGAGAUAAGACAGACACAGAAACUACUCAUAACGGAAACCCAUUACUUUCAGAUCCCCAGACCAAAAAGAUACUCUUCCUUCUUUGACAUAGUCAAGAUGUUCAGGCUCGUUGCCUUCCUCGCUGUGCUCUCUGCAGCAAGUGCCAUUUUAAAGCCAAGUCCAGUUCUCGCCCGGGGAAACUGCCAAACCGUUCCUCCCACGACCAUUGAUGUUAUGGACGUCUCAGACCCGGAUGGUUUCAAUAUUGGCAACAUAUUUCGCCUCGAAAGCACCGGCAAUCCCACGGCAAACACGAAGAUCUCGGCUCUCACCUUCGCUCUCCCCUCCGGUGCCACGGGCUGUGUACUGCGGAUCCAUAGACCCCCGAUCGUCUCUGGCAACAACGUGGCGGACGUCUGGACGACUAGUCCGUGGAAUGCUCACGCGCCGCCUACCUGGAACAACCUCCCUCAUCAGAAUGAGAUGGUAGGGAAGCUUAUCUUUCCAAAGGAUCGAUCAAGUCAAGAAGACGUGAAAAAUAUUGCGUCAAACUCUUGUUCGACCACCAUGAGUUACUUGGUGGAGUUUACCAAGCCACCGUCCAGCGAAGGGAGCGUCGAAUUUUACAAUACGGCGGGCUCUGGAUCAAUGAAUGACAUAGGCUUCGAUAUGCAGUAUAAUUGUUGAUUGGCGGUUAUCUCGGGCGACAUGGGUUGGCGGGCUUCGAUCAACGAAUCCCAUGGGCUUCGAUAUGCAAUUCAAUUGUUGAUUGGCGGUUAUCUCGGGCGAAUGGGUUGGCGGGCAGCAGGACGAGAGCGAUGUUUCAGCCUCUGCGUAUGGGGAUAUAGCCCGAGAUGGAUAUUCUGUGGCAGAAUGUAACUGUUCUUGUUGAAUGCGAAGGAGGUUUUAAGCAGCGCCGCAGAUCUUCACAUGC